AUGAGCGCCAUCCGCUCCUCGUCCUCGGCUCUCCUUCUUCUCGGCGGCGUCGCAACGCUCCCCGGCGCCGCCACGGUUCGCAGCCGGUUCCCACAACGCAGCUCGCCGUCCAACUCGGCCGAUGCGGAGCUGGGAUACAUGCAGCAGCCCCUCGGCCCGGCCAGCAGCACCUGCACGGCGACACCAGUUACCACUCAGAAAGCCGCCCCACGCAGCACUGCUACAUCCGCAGGGCCGCUGGGGUGGCAGGCCCAGGCUUUAUGA